AUGGCCUCUCUGGGAGUUUUUGUAGCUCUGCUCUCCGGCGUAUUACUGGCUAGCCCAGCACGUAAUCUCUCUCUCCCUAUCCCCCUCCCCCUCCCUCCCUCUCCCUCCCUCUCUCUCAUUGCACUUCAUCUAUCUCCGCUCUGGAUGUCUGUCUUUUUGUUCUUUUUGGCGAAAAUCAUCUUCAAACUAGGUGCACGUUAAUUACUGCGACUGCAUGAAUGAUUAGAAGAUGUCGUCGCUGUCGACACCUUCAUAUCAGUGAGGCUUCACGUACGCUGUUGUUUCCGCAGGUUGUCAAGUGGGCGUCAGCUACGGGAUGCUGGGCGACAAUCUCCCCCCUCCGGCAGAGGUGGUGGCGCUCUUCCAGCAGCACAACAUCACCCGCAUGCGCAUCUACUUCCCCACCACGGAAAUCCUCGAGGCCCUGCGGGGGUCCAACAUCGAGCUCACUCUCGACGUCCCGCGGGAGGACCUCCGGCUGCUGGCCUCCGACGCCGCAACCGCCGGCGACUGGAUCGACCGCAAUGUCCGUGCCCACUGGCCUAACGUCCUCUUCCGCCGACUGGUGGUGGGGAACGAGCUCAUCCCCAGCGUCGCCGAGGCCCAGUUCAUCCUCCCCGCCAUGAAGAACCUACACAACGCGCUCUCUUCUGCCGGCCUCGAGAAUCACAUCAAGGUCUCCACGGCGGUGGACACCGGGGUUCUCGGACAGUCUUAUCCCCCUUCGGCCGGCAAGUUCACCGCCGCUGCGGGGGACCUCCUCGGCCCCAUCGUUGAGUUCCUGUCCAGCACCGGCGCGCCGCUGCUGGCCAACGUGUACACCUACUUCGCUUACGUGGGCAACCCCGCAGAUGUCUCCCUCGACUACGCCCUCUUCACCGCCGGCGGCGCCGUCGUCUCCGACGGGAAGAACUCGUACCAGAACCUGUUCCACGCUGUUCUGGAUUCCGUAUACGCGGCGCUGGAGAAGAUCGGCGCGGGCGGCUUGGAGGUCGUGGUCUCGGAGAGUGGGUGGCCGUCGGCUGGCAGCGCCGCCGCUACCGUCGGCAACGCCCGGACCUACAACCAGAACCUCAUCCGCCACACGCGGGAGGGGACGCCAAGGAAGCCGGGGAGGCCCAUUGAGACGUACAUAUUCGCCAUGUUCAACGAGAACAAGAAAGCGCCGGGCACGGAGGAGAACUUUGGGCUGUUUUACCCCAACAAGCAGCCGGUUUAUCCGAUCAACUUUCAGACGCAAUCAAUUUAG